CAGUGUAACGAUGAGCUAGGCUUCAAGAGUAACACUAACGAGGUAGGCGCAGGAGUGUGGUCCAAUCGAGACUGCAGUCUGAACUUUAUUCAACAUCGAGAAAAUCACCGACUAGUGGUGGUGCUGGUCCGCGAACGGAACGCUGAUUCCAAAACAAUUCGAAGACCAUGAGAGAGGGUACGAAGUUGCACAGCAGCUCGAACUUCUCAACUAUUGUACGACUGCGCCAGAGACGUUCCGGCAGCUGGACAAGAAUAGUCGGAUCACGCAUCACCCUCCUGAGCGUCUCUGGGAUACUCGCUUUGAAGAGGGAUUUGAACGGCCUGUCGAAGCUUGAUUCGUCUGCGAAAAUAAUCAGAAAUGAUGGGUCUGCUCGUUUGGUUGAGAGCACACGGUCAUCGAGUCCCCUGCGCGAGGAUGACCGUGUGCUCACGAGAGCAGACACGCGAGAUUACGGUGUCAAGUCAAAUGAGGUUGUAGCAAUCCCCACCGAAGAGAACAUCAUUCGACUCUGGGGUUUCAAUCAAGAAAAGCCCUUCUUUACUAAGGGGCACGUCUUUCACACAAAUACUGGUCUACGCGCCAAGAAUCACGCCGCUACCCGGAGAGAAAACCGUUGGCUGGUGGUGGGCAAGCUGUGCGCCGUUCACACCUUGUACUUCACGGAUGAUGGACACAAGUAUCAGAGGAUCACCAUUGAGAGUUGGAAACACAAGGAUGUUGAGUGCAAAUAUAUCUGGGGCCUUCACCUUCGUGAGGGUCUGCGCAGCUAUAUCUGA